AUGACGACGGCUCAUCGACCAACGUUUCAUCCUGCCCGGGGAGGCACUGGUCGAACUGAGGGGGAUCUAUCGAAGUUGUCGCAGCAGUAUUCGUCUAAAGACAUGCCAUCACAUACCAAGUUGAAGUACAGGCAAACGGGCCAGGGUACUGAAGAAGAGUUGAGGAGAAGGGAUCUGCGUCGGGAACUGGAAGAAAAGGAGAAGAUAGCCUCCCGAGAAAGGCGCAAUCGUGAAGCAGCCUCUUCUAGUUCAAGCAGCAAGAGAGCAAGGAUUGAAGAGUCAUCUCACGCUGCUGUAGAUGCCGAUGAACCGCUUGAUGAACAUGAUUCUUCUGACGAUGACUCUGAUGAAGACGACACGGCUGCCCUCAUGGCAGAGCUAGAAAGAAUAAAAAAGGAGCGCGCAGACGAGAAAGCUGCACGAGAAGAAGAAGAAAAGAAAGCGAGAGAGGACACGUAUUUAUUUUACGCUUCCCAGGAAAAAAUUCGCAUGGAUAAUAUUCUUGCGGGCAACCCACUGCUACACCCAUCCGAUUCUGUGGCGUCAUCUGCUAAUGGUGGAGAAUUUAAAGUUAAGCGGCGAUGGGACGACGACGUCGUAUUCAAAAACUGUGCCAAAGAUGCGCUAGCAAUGGAGGAUGAGAAAUCGACAUCGACUGACGUCACUGAAAAAACCUCUAGUCUCGAUCACGUGAAGAUAAAUGAGCGUGUUGUUGUUUGGCGGUUAGUGAACGGCGAAAAAAGAAGGGUAUUAGCCACACUCUUGAAGAAAAGAAGCUUUGACUCGAACGCUAAGCCUAGCAAUCCUGAUGAAGAAAAAAUAACUCAAGAGCCGGAUUGUCCUGCGGGCGAGCUUGGCGAAAAGCUCUCCUCAACUCUUACGGCCAUCCUUAAGAGGUUCAUCGAAUUGGCUCCAAAACACAACAAUGGAGAAAUAGGAGGUAGUGAUCUACGGUUAAGAAGAAAGCGACGAAGAGAGAAUGACGAGGAGCUUUCAACACUGGAAGAAGUUGGAGCUAGAGCGGACCACCAUAGAAAGACGCCUCCUGAGAAGAACAUCGAAAAAAUUGUAUUCGGCAGUUAUGAAAUUCAGUGCUGGUAUUAUUCACCCUAUCGCUUGAAGAACAAGGCUGUUGAGCGGCUCCUCAUUUGUGAAAACUGUCUUUUGUAUACAGAGGACAGGCAACGCUUUGCGUGCCAUUUGGCAAACGAUUGUAAGCUUCGGAAUCCUCCGGGAGAAGCGAUAUAUGUGGAAGGUGAUAUCAAAGUUUACGAAGUAUUCGGAGCUUUGGAAAAGUUUUACUGCCAGCGCCUUUGUCUAUUAGCGAAGCUUUUUAUUGAUCACAAGACACUAUGCUUUGAUGUGGAAAAUUUCAUUUUUUAUCUGCUGUGUGAGGUAGACAGUGAAGGCACGCAUAUAGCAGCGAUGUUUUCCAAGGAAAUGUACUCUGCAAACAAUUUAGCGUGUAUUAUGACUUUGCCUUGCUACCAGAGGAAAGGAUAUGGCAAUUUGAUGAUUCAACUGAGUUACGAGAUGUCGAAAAGAGCGAAAUAUCCAGGCACUCCUGAGCGUCCCUUCUCCGAUUUGGGCGAAAUAUCGUACAAAAAAUAUUGGCUUUGGGUUCUUCUGGAAUUUUUUGAUUCGGCAGCUAUGCGCAAGGUUGAAGAUGUCACUGUUGACGACCUUGAAGCUUUGGUUGGCAUAAAUAAAGACGACAUCAAGGACGUUAUGGAGCCUAUUGGUUUACUUUCUCAUCUUAAAGGGAACGUAUAUCGUACACAAUCCGAAAUUGGAUCAGGAAAGUGGAGUUGA